AUGGGCAACGCACCAUGGCUGGACAGCCUUUCAGACGACUGGGUAUCCGUUCCAGGGACUCCAGCUAGCCCUGUUCCUGCUCGAUCUAUCAAUCACUCUCGUCGCUCGAGCUUACAAAACUCUCCUAGUCGCAUUCCUGUCCCCGCGCGUCGCUCCGUUGAACCAUCCCCAACUGCAGACGGAAAGAAGAAGGUCUCGCGUCCUUGCCAUUUCGUCAGAAGGGAACCGCCGACCCCAAAGACCCCCCGCACACCCAAGACGCCUUCAAAGUUGCGCUCACCAGUACCCGACAAGACUAAGAAAAGCUCGAAGCCGAAUUUGCCCUCCGGGCGUAAACAACAGCAGCCCACCAUGGAUACUAGAUCACCACUACGAUCUGUAUCGAACAUGUCCAGCCAAUCGUUACAACAGGACACUGUUCAAGUGAGGCCAAACAAGAGGAAGGAUAAAGAUGGGACUCCGGAAUGGCGGAAGAGAUUGGUCCAUGGAGAACUACAUCCUGGCGAACAGCGCGAUUUGUUUGCUCCCAUUGGACUGGAAAGUGUCUUCAAACCCCCUACUCCAGCCUCGGAGAAAACGCAGCAAGAUGUAAUUCCGAAUAUGACGCAGCCGGACAACCUGUGGGACUUCGGCGACUCCCCUGAAAGAAGCCGUGAUAUAAAAGCACGAAAGUCACCACUAGCACCGACAAAUAACGAUGAUGAAGACGCUGGAGACUCCUCUGUUCGGUUUCCCGAAUCCCCCAUAAGGAAGUCCGAAUCGCUCAACCGAGAAGAUUCCAAUGAGAGCCCACAAUUAUCACGCAAUGGGACCCUAGAGAUCAGAAAAUGUGCAGGUAAACUUCAUGCGAAUGACGGUGAUAAUCACAGCGACUCCCACAGUGAUACGCAGCUGAGAACUGCGAGUGGUAUAGAGGACCUCCGCAAUGAGGGCAUCACACCUAUUACUUUCUCUCGGACCAAUACAGUCGAUGGAAAUGGGACAUCGGAAGUCAUAAAGUCAGCACUAAAGCAGGUCACCAACAAACUUGAAAAGCUCUCUAUGGUACCAGGAGAGCGACCAGACUCAAGAGCAAGUGACAGCAUCCUGCUCAACCAGAAAGUGACCAAUGCUACCGACGCAUUUCCCGAAGACGAAAUGCUCGAUGUUACAAGUAAUUCUCUGCCUCAGGAUUUAUCUAUGGGAACCCUGGAUUAUCGGGGGCGUGGAGCCUUCACAAAUCUCGGUCGCGAACAAUAUUUUAGUGACGCUUCCUUCCAGAAAAGGCGGUUCUCCCCUCCGUCCUUUCCUUCCCAACGCCUCUCUCCAUUCAUCCCAGCGAAUUAUAGAAUCCGAAGCUCUCCCCCUUUCUAUCCAAGAUCACACCAGAUGGCUGAUCCCACUACUCACCCUCGACCUUCGUCAGCUCACGUCAAAGCUUCUACGUUUGGUCACUCUGAAGCGGAAAGGAGUGAAGUCAUGCCAUCGUCUGGGAGCCCUUUGAAGCUUUUUGGAAACCAUGACACUUUCACAAACAACAGACUGUUGCGCCGUAUGAGCCAGUUUGAAGAAACAUUUGGCGAAUUGUCUGAGGAUGACGAGCCGCUUUCACCGUCGGAGGAAGCUCGACGCAAAGGCGAAAGUAGGAGUUUUUUGAAUGCUAAAUAUGACACUUCGGGCGAUCAGUCAGUGACAGCAAGAGAUCUUCCAAGGUCCCAAAAUGCGGCCAAUCUUCGCAUCGGUCGAUUUGGGGAUGGCCAACUGGAUGAUUUUGACUUUUCCGAUACUAGCCCUUAUGAACCAAAAUUGUUAAAUUACGAAGACUCGGGGAUUAAUAGUCGUCCCACUUCGCAACGACGGCGACAAUGGCAACAUAACUCAUGUAGGAAUCACGGCCAUGGCUCUAAAACGGACGAAUCGAAGUUAAUCGAAAAUGUGAGACCCCUGGCUAGAUCGAAUACGCCAUCUCAAACUGGAGCUACAAGAAGGCAGUAUGCACUUUCAAACGAGACAGAGGAUGGACCUGAGAUGGAAAGGGCACCCAAUACUCCGGCAAAAGACCCAACACCAAAGAGGCGCAGAACGUUCUUGAGAUCUCAUAGCUCGAGAAGAGAUCAUGACGCUAGCAUACAAGACAUCCCGGGGCAGCAAACAGACACCUUAUCAUUACUACAGAGAAGCCUGAUGCAGCAUGGCGUGAAGUGUGAGGAGAAUAGUUCCUUGCUUCAUACGCAAUCCUCGCAACGGCCAAGAACGCCAACCCCAAGUCAAGCAAGAUCAUCAACAAGGAAGAGGUCGUUGCCGAGCAGGGAUCUGCCACAUGCUAGCUAUGAACAUGAGGAGUCUCCGGCGGAUCAGAGUGUGCCUAUGGUCAAAGUGACUGGCGUUAAGGACGAGGUUCGCAAAGGGUCUAUUACGACUCAGGAUUUCCUCAAUGAGGCGACUAAGAUAAUGGAUAUUAUUCGAGCGAAAGGUAGAGGAGCAACAGGAGGGCUGUCAAGCGUCGAAGAAUCUGAAACGGAGGACAAGAACAAAAAUGAUAGCUUUGAAGACGAAUCAACUCGGGAAGAGUUCUCUCGACCCCCGAGUCGAGAGGGUGUUGAUAUGAGAAAGCUCAGGGAACCGAAAGAGCCUAAUCCAAGAAUAUUGAGUCAUCUUAAAAAAUUUCAAGAACACGAUGACUUGGAAUUUGACGUUAACGCUUCUGUUAUGUCACUGCAUCUCGACGACGGACAGGAAAACGACCAUAUUGACGAUAGUGCCGGGAACAACUCAUCACAAGAGACUCGUCAGCGAGAAAGAAAACUUUCAGCAUUGACCACAGCUGAAGGUGAUAGUCUCCCUGAGUUGUUGACUCUUAAUACACAGGUAUCAGGGAAAAGUCUCAGCGCUCGUUCUGUUCCUACCGGAUCCUCACAGAGCUCUCACGCCAAAGGUGUUUUGUCGUCAGACCUGGUAUCCCAUUUAAUUCCUGAGCAGGUCAACGGGUUUACGUACGACCGUUACAAGCAUUUAUGGAUCAGGGAAAAGCCACGGCCCUCCCCUGAAAAGCCAAAGGGUGACGAAAGUGAAGACGACCCAUUCAGGGACAUCCCUGACCUCAGUGUCGAUGAACUUCAGGAGAUGAUGAUGUCCCCUGAAAGGGCAAAGAGCUCCUACUCUGUGGAUGGCAAUGCCACCAAAAGCCCGUUGAGCGCCAAAGCUGCCUCUCCAAAGUUAGAGGGGCGACCACAGACAAAGGAUGGAGAGCCAUCUAUGAAUGCCAGCUCAGUUCAGUCGAGGGUAACCCAAUUUACGUCCAGUAUUCCCAACUCGGGGACUGGAGCCACUUCAUGGGGUUCGAGUCGACCAAGGAGUAGAGAAAGCUCCAGCGAAGUUGAGCAUGAAAUUCAGCUCCACGAGGGUCGUUUAUCAAAGCCUCCACGACGUCAGAAUGAUGGCAAUCACCAAGCACGUGUUGUUACUAUUAGCUUUUCGUCCCCUCUUGUUUCGCAAAUCGCGUACAGCGACUAUGAGAGUCCUACAAAGCUUCGGCGAGAGCUGAUUACAGAUUCUGGGCAUGGCAUGAAAAGCAUGGAAGAUACAAACGAUUUCACAAAACAGUUGCAAAAUCCGCCCCUCGAAAAUGACCAGCCAUUCUUUCAGCGUUCUAUAUCCCGGAUAGAUGAGCGAGGCGAAGAAAAGUCUGAGAAUCUGAGCUUGAUACGAAGGGACCUGGAGUUUCCCGAGUCGACACCUGUUAAAAAUGCCAGCGAGAGCAACUCGUUGAUUCACAUAAAAAACAAUCUGGAUAUGAGUUAUAGCUUUCAUCUCAGUCCCCUGCCUGAUUUUACUGUCGACCAGAUUGACCAGUCUUUGCAACUUGAAGUGAGUUAUGUGGCUCAACGCACUCAUCCUACAUCCUUACGCCAGGUUCAUGGGACAUUUGCCCUGGCGACUGAGAAACUGGUCAAACACAUCACGGAGGUCCAGCCAUUUGAACCCUAUUGGGAAUAUGUCCGUCGGUUGAUACUUCGCCGCAAGGGGUUGAUCACAUUACACAAACUUUGCGAUUUUUGUCCUCGUUUAGAGGACCUGGACGUCUCGAGCAAUAGUAUUGGGCAACUCAGUGGAAUCCCCCCAACUUUGAGGACGCUGACGAUCCAACGUAAUUGCCUUUCAAAUCUGACCGCGUGGGGUCAUUUGAUUAACCUCCAGUACCUAGACGUUUCAGGAAAUGAACUGGAGAGUUUGGAUGGAUUCAGCAGUCUUAUCCACCUCCGAGAACUCAAAGCGAGCGAUAACAACAUCCAGAACAUCAAUGGUGUCUUUGAAUUAGACGGUCUUUUGAGCCUGAAACUGGGGAAUAAUGGCCUGACGGUGAUUGACUUUGAGGGGGCGGAACUAACUCGUCUGCAAGAGUUAGACCUCAGCCAUAAUCAGCUGGUGUCGCUCCGUAACCUUGACAACCUGACCUCUUUGGCUUCGCUUGAUCUCAGUUCCAACCAACUUGGCAGGCUUGAUCCCUCAGGGCCUCUACGUACCUUGCGGUCGCUGAAGCUAUCUAGGAAUAGGCUGCACAGUCUGGAUGUCGGUUUCUUUCCGUCUCUGUCUCUUCUUUAUGUUGAUCAGAAUUUCCUAACCACGAUUUCCGAUUUUGGUCAAUGCCAUAACUUGGAAGUCUUCUCUGCUCGUGAGCAAACAAUAUCGGAUGAUCUCAAUUCCGGGUUCUUUGACGUUGAUCUGGGUUUGGUGAAAGAUAUACGCAAAGUAUUCCUAUCUUCGAAUAGGCUUUCUUUGCAAGCCCUUUCACCCUCUGCCCCACUUCUUAGUUUGCAACUUUUCGACGCCGCUUCUUGCAAUAUCCAGAAUCUUCCUGUGGAUUUUGCAUCGAAUUUCCCCAACAUCAAAGUCCUUAACCUCAACUUCAAUUCUCUCUCGAGCAUAAACGAACUAGCGGGCGUUAAUUGUCUUUCUCGGCUGGCAAUUGCCGGAAACUGCAUAGUUAGAUUGAGGAGACUGUGUCAAGUCUUGAGCCGGUGUUGCUUUGAUAUCCCGCCUGUGCUGGCCGAUUUUGGUCAUCAUGAAGAAAUAGCCCAUGCCACUAUGGGAGAAGAUGACGAAAACAUUCCCAAGAAAGACUCUGACAUUGAUGACCCGUAUACCCUUCCGCCAUCUGACCCUGAAGCGGACCAGAAAUAUGUGUCCCUCUUGGAUGAGCCAACUCGGCUCCGACGAAGGGUUUUUGAGCUUAUGCUCUAUGUGGGUACUGGGGGCUCUAUUAAGUUCCUGGAUGGGCUGGAAUUGCGGCCAACUUUUGAGGGAGGGUCCGACAUGGAUCAUGCUUGGACAAAGCUUGAGAAACUUGGCGUACUCAAAAAGAAGGUAAUCACUGCUUAG